GGUGUCGUUGAAAUCCCACAAAAUUACAGCCUUGAAAUAGACACACGUUUCGAUUUAGAAGUGGCGCAACUACAUCUGGCCAGUCACUUGUUAAUAUGAGUGAGGUGUCAACAUGGCGACAGAUUUAGCAGUCGGUUGUGUGCCGCCUUACUACCGAGAAGUGUAUGAUACCUGCGCCCCGUCAACAAGUCAUGUAACGAAGGACGUUUUCACCAAACUUCUUGUAAAAUCGGAGCUUCCUUCACAAACGCUGAGCCAGAUAUGGGAUUUAGUAGUGGACCCAAAAGUGAAUGCUCUGUCUAGAACCAGCCUGUACAAAGCGCUAGCACUUGUGGCUUGGGCGCAGCAGGGGAAACAGCCUAGUGCAAAACUUUUGGAAAAUUUUUCUGGAGAAGAGCUUCCAAGGCCAGAGCUUGGUGAUUUAUCUGAACUGCGUCAAAUGACUAGAGAUCAACAGGGAAUUUCCCCAACUCGCCUUGGUCUCACAUAUACUGAACUUUGUUCCCAAGAUUCAGUUGAUGUUGAUCUUGUACCUGAAAAAAAAGGUCUCUUUCUGAAGCAUGUGGAAUACCAGGUCACCAGCAAGAGAUUUGGUUCAUUGGUGCGACGGAGAUACAACGAUUUUGUUGCCUUGCAUGAAUUACUUCUCAACCGUUUCCCAUACCGUCUGAUACCUAAAUUACCUCCAAAGAAAAUGGUUGGUGCUGAUUCGCAUUUUAUUGAAGAAAGACGGAAGUCAUUACGGCGAUGGUUGACUCUUGUGGCAAGACAUCCUAUUGUCAAUAAGGAUCCUCUUGUAAAUUUCUUUCUUACGUAUGGUGGACCUGAUGUGCAAUACAAAAUACGCGAAGUUUUUCGCAGAAUGCCAGAUGAAUUUACGACAUCAGAGCUAGCAGCUACGGCCAAAGAUCUUGUUCCUCCAGAGACACACAGUGAAUUUGCAACAAGUCGGGACCAGAUCCGAAUAAUCUUGAAUGGCGUUGUACGCCUGAAGCAAAUUGCUGAUGCCAUGGCUCUACGAUCCCAUGGGUAUGCAGCAGACAUGGCCGAACUUGGCUCACAACUUACAGCAUUGGCAGGAGAGCCUCAUGGAUCUUCAUCUUGGGCCACUGGGGGUAAUCCUGUGUGGGCAGAUAUGAAAAAGGGCUUCCAUGUCAUUUCUAAAGAGUUUGGACUACUAUCAAGCAAAGCUCUGCGGCAGGCUGUCAGGGAAGAGGAAGAAGUCUGUGAGAAGUUGAACCUACUGCUUGAUGUACUGAUAUCUCAUCGUGAGCUAUGUGACCGCCAUGAACGUGGUGUUGCGCAAGAUCAUGCAAAGGCACUGGCAAAAAUGCUUGCACUCAAGAAAAGGCAAAUGCAAGGUGUCAUUAAAGGCACUGAUGCAGAGAGUGUGGAGCAACUGGAAGCUCGUAUGAUGGAACAGGAAUCAGUAAUAGCUAAUGUGGAGUUACGCAAUGCUUUCUCUCUUCAUUGUCUACAUAUGGAGACCCAACUAGUCCAUGCACAUAUUGAAAUACUUGCCUGUGUUCUGAGCACACUUGUAUCUGUCCAGAUUCGCGGCCAUUCAGAGCUGGCUGAGGUGUGGGAACUGAUACAGCCAACUAUAGUGAAGUGCCUUCCAGAAAACAGUCAGCAUUUAAAUGGUGACAGCCCUCUUGCAAAUAAUACCAACAGUUAGUGUUCUGCAGUAAGCACUUUGAUGGAUGUUUCCUACACUGAUACUCAGUAUGCAAUUAGUGCUCUGUAGCUAUAUGUAUGUAUAUUCAGAAACAUUUAUGUUAUACUUCAUUACUCUGAUGUGUUGUUAAGUGCAAUUCAGAGCCCAAAAUUAUGUAUACUUAGUUGUUUUUGAGGGACCAGUCAAUUUUUUUUUAAAGGGUAUGAAGCUUUUAGUACUUAGGUGUGUGUGGGAGGGCAAGGAGAACCCAAUGUUUUCACUUUGGCACCACAGUCGCACUGUAUUUAUGGAAAGACUAUUUUUUCACCAGAUGACUGUUGAGAUACUGGAUAUAUACGUAUGGUUAUGAGAUAGCUGCACUGUCCUAAAUUAUUAUUGAGUCAUGGCUAGUAUCAGCCUUAGAUCAUUCUCAAGUAGUAUAUACAAAAUUGUUACGGGACACAUAAACAUUUUUGUGAGAUGAAACUGAAAUCUUGUUGCUUUUAGAUUGUAUGAAACUUCCAGUCUGUAAAAUGCAAUUUCUAAAAUGGGUUUGAUUUCCUUUUUAGCAACUUUCUCUUCUCCCACCCCCAGAAUCAGGGACACUUACACCUCGAGAGUAGACAAUUUUGUUGAACUUCGAGCAGAUUGUUUUCAAAUAUUCUGUUCUUCAGUCAUUUUAAAAUUAUGGAUAGAGAUUCUUUAGCUUUCCACACGAAAAAAGUAGGCAUCAGAUGCACAUCUGUCAGCAGUACUUUCUUUUUAACAAAAGCAUUGAUUUAAUGCAGUAUACAAAUUUGAAUGUUUUCAAUUCUGUUUUCUUCAGAAAAAUUUUCAGUUAUUCAUAGAACAGUUUGUACUCUAUUUACUGUGUAACAUUAAAGUCUCUCAUAUCCAUCGUCAUUUUUAAUAUUCUUCUUACAAAUAUUGUACAGUAGCCAGACAUCUCCUACUGGACGCUGAAAGCAGAACCCUACCACAGCCCUCAAAAAGCUGCACAGAACCUUAAACACUAAAUUAACAACAAAGUUACAAACAUUGUAGAUAUAAAUCUACCAUUGUAUCUUUGUAGUUUGCAAUUUGGAGCCAGGGAUUAUAACCUCUGACUGCAAGAAGCAAGUUCUCGCAAGUACCAUAUUUUCAUCUUGCAAGACUCCUAAUAUUUAUGUACCUUCUGCCGAGGGUGCCUAUUUGGUAGUUUCUGGAGAGGGAAGGAGGAGUAUUUUUAAUAUCUUGGGAGAUGAAUGGUGACUUGUAAGUAACCAUAAGAGUCUUUGUUCCAAACCUCUUAAAAACUGUAUAAUACUGACUUUUAAAUCAUUUUCUUGAAAGAAAAACACCUGACUACACUAAUUUUUCCUUUCCCUGAGAGGUGGCUUGUCUUGUUAUAGUUUUCCAAGUACUAUUUAAGAAAGGCGUAAGGUCAAAAGAACUCAUAAAAAAUAAUAAAUUAUUGCAAAGAGCAGCUAUAGCAUAAACAUGAUUUUGUAAUUUGUAUUUUUAUGUAUAUUUUGGAUAGCCGUAAGUAUUCUGCUCCUGUUGUAGUUCUUUGGUAGCCAGUGCCAGACAAAACUACUGUUGAAUCAUGAUGUCUAAAAGAAAAAUAAACAAAACUUUUAAUACCUUGCACUGACUGAAAUUUGCAGUGUAUUGUGACUGUUACUUUUGCAUUGAAAAUGUAAAAGAGGGAACACUGCUAUAUAGGACUGAAAUAUAAAAACCAGUAUAAGACUAAUUUAAGUUACUGGAAUUUUUGGAUGACACAUCCAUUGUUUUCUAACUAGGAUGGCAUUACUGCAGAACCAGUAAAUUUAGCACCACAAAGGAAAAGAGAAAGUUGAUUUGAGAAGGUAUCUGAUGCAACUUAGCAUGGAGUUGAAUGACAGGAAGGAAGAGAUCUUGAAAUCAGAAGAGUACAUAUACCUAAGAACUGUGUGAAAGGCGACUGACUAAUGAAGACAAAUGACAGAAGAAAUUGUGGGAGGUGGGGGGCAUAUGUGAAGGAUGAAAACAUUGCCUUUCACAGCUGACGCACUACCUGUUAACACCCAAUUUACAGACUGUCUCAAAGCUUGCUUGGCAGCACAUAUACUGUUCUCAUAUCCACAAAAAUCGUCAAAACUAAUAGGAGUGCACAAUAACUUGAAGUGUGAAAAUACAUUUAAUUUGACUAAAAGUGCAUGUUUCUCUUCCUCAUAGUAUUAAACAUAGAAGAAUACUGCCAAAAACAAUUAGAACCCACUGUAAGGUUUUUAUUAGAAAAUUACUGCAGUGUUUCAAAAUGUGCAGUUUGUGGGAGGUGGAGUAUAUCACCAUCAGAGCAAAAAGCGAUGCUCUGGUGUCUGAAUUGCCACACAUUCUGUUCUAUCAUCAGUAACCAUUAGUUUGUGUCUUUUGUAAUUUCAUCUGUUUUCAAUUUGUAAGGGAGAAUGGAGCAUAUUUCCCAUUUAGCAUCUUUUCUUUAAUCAUUCUUUGGAUUCAUAUGAAAAGGAGCUGUUAGCUGCCAAUUCAUAUUUCUUGUUCAUAUUUGAUUUGAUGAACAUAUUCAGGAUUGAACCACAUUGUAAACUUCUGUAAAGCAUUGUAACACAGGAAAUUCCAAUGGCAAGCAAAAAAUUAUUAUUCAGUGUCGAAGAUAGAACUGACGUUGCCACAGGGCAUGAAAUUUUUUUAUAACAUUUGGCUAGAUAUCGAUGAGUGUGGGUAAAGGUAAUAAAUAGUACAGGGUGGGUUAAAUCACAGAACGUGCUGGAAGUGGCCACUGUUGACACUGUGCUCAGUUUAUCAAAUUGUGAGAUGUGUAACAGCUCUGCCUGAAGGCUAGAGGUAGUGGCAAUUCAAAUGUUGUUCUAUAGUUCCUCCAGCAUGUGUGUAUUAUUUGCAUGCAACUGACUCCUCAGUUUGCCCACAGAUAAAAAUCACAGUGAGAGAGAUUGAGUGUUCGAGGUGGCCAGGAGAUUGCACAGCCUGUGCUGAGUGUCUUCUCCUCGCCGAAUACUUCAUGCAGUCGUGGCAAGGUCGUCAAGGCAGUGUGUGCUGUUGCUCAGUCUUACUGAAAAUACCCAUAUAGUUAUUCAUCUUCUGUGAGUUGAUCUACAUAUGGAUUAAACAGUUUCUGGACAUACAAGGUAGCAUUAACAGUUUGGUAAAGAAUAGUGUUACUGUGCAGACACAAGACAUUACUGACCAAACUUUAUUCUUGAGAUUAUGCAACAGCUCUUCGAAGCACUUAUGGGAAUUAUCUGUGCAUAAUGGUGCACAUUGCGUGAUUUCACAUCCUUGGCAGGCUGAACCAGGCUUUAUCUGAAACAAAUUAUGCAUCAAAAUCAUGGUUUCCAGCAUUUUCUGCAUUGGGCAGUUCUCCUGUUCAUUAACAAGGGUGAUUUCCCUGUUAGUUAUAUAAAUAUUUUCUGGGACCAGUUAAUUUUGCCCACCCUGUAUGUGUGAAUCGAAUGGGAAGAAGGUGCAAUAGCUGGAAGCACUGGAGAGCACUGUUUCAUUUUAAAAAGGUAUGGCAGUGUAUAAACAUUAGUACUGUACGUGUGUGGCAUUCUGUUUUCAUGAAAAUAAGGAGAGCUUGCUAUACAGCAAGCUUUGUUUGUAAGUUAUUGUUUAAUCCCCAGUGUUUCAUGUUAUUUACUAGAAUGUGAAAUUUUUGUCUUUCGUCAUGUGUUACUUUGGAGCAAUGACUGAACUGCAGUUCAAGAAAUCUCUAGAAGAAACACUUAAAAAAUAAGGUAAUAGGGUGGAGAAAUGGAGUCUGUUCCUCCAUGUUUUAUUUUCACUCUGUUGCAAUGAUUUUAGAUUUGUCUCGUGUGAAGAGAGAUUUCAGCUAAAUCUUAUAUUUGAGGAAAAAAGAAAGGUGAGCAUCAUUAAUUGAAACAUAAUUUGUAUGCUUCCACCAGUUCAUCUUUCGUGCUCAGUAGAGUAUUAUAUUGUAGAAAGAAGAAUUUAAGUUUCAAAUGGUAAAUGAGUCAACUCACCAUAAGAAUACUAGAAAAAAGAAUGCGCGCACCCCCCCCCCACACAUACAUACACACACACACACACACACACACACACACACACACACACACACACACACACACACACUUGGGGGGGGGGGAGGGUGGAGAGAGAUUGGGAGAUUAUACAGUAGGACCUUGAUAAUCUGGCAUACUCAGGGAUCUCUCAAUAUCAGAUUAUCACACAUGUCAGAUUAUCAAGGUCAUCUUUAAAAACCAAGUUUAGAAAAAGGGAUACAAGCAAAAUCUAUAGUUUUGAUGUACAAAAACAGGAAACUUUUAUUUAUUAAACACUGCAGGAGAGAUAGUAUGUAAAAAUUAAAAAUAGCUAAUACUUUUCUCUAAAACAAAGUAGAAUUAAAAGUUGAAUACUGCUCUGCUCUAUUAAAUCAGUUUAAGGCUCUAAGUUUUAGAAAAUUCAACACAUAUAGGUAAUACUUUAUAUGUCAUUUACAAAAUAAAAUGAGUAUCCUUGAUUUGAAAAGAUCAAGAACAAAUGAAUUAAUAAAAAUUUUUACCAGAAAUUUGGCGCAGUUUAGUUAGAAUCACUAUCUUUAUGAAUAGCACAGACAUCUGACCUUCUCAAGGGUGUGGAAUGUGUUGGACUAGUAUCUACCAUUGAUGGCUUAGUUGAAAUUUUCUUCACACCGUCAGGAACAUGGCAGAAAUGCUAAUUUGUUUCUUGAAUUGAUGUCCUUUUUAACAAUCUUGAAUUGAUGUCCUUUUUAACGACGAUUAUUUUGUGUGAUAUGCCGAUUCAUAGCUUCAGAUGUGUUGUAUUGUUUGCUAUUUUCAGAAAAAUUUUGCAGAAGUGUUUAAAGUUUCUGAAGACUCAACCCAAGAAAGGUGAAUCGUAGGUUUUUCUUCUUCGCCACUCUGUUUGUAGUGCCUCCUGUAUGUUGGAAACAUUUUCUAAUGUCACACAGUCAGUAAGCUCUUCUUCGAAAGGUUAAGUUCUGUCGAUGUCAAUCCAUUGUCAACUACCUCUGCUGAAAAUGCACUCAGUUCAUUAAUGGAUUCAGGAUUUAUAACUCGUACAAUUUCAGAGUGAUUGGUUGUUGGCUCAUCAUCAUUUACAUCACUUUCCAUCUUGGUUUCUUAGAUCAGUUUAGGCCAUAUUUUUCUCCAGACCCCAUGCAGUGUUGUAUUUUUAUCAGAGGUCCAAGCAAUUGCACCUGUGAAAUUAGCGUCUUUAAUGGAAUUAAAGACAAUUGUUCCAUUGUGUCAAAAAUCAGAAAUGUGGGUUUCAAAUCCCAACCUCUUUCAUUAGAGAUAAGAACAGCAACAUGAUAAAUUGCAAGGAAAUACUCCACAGAACUCUUGAAUCAUCCAGUCCCAUGCAAGGUGCUACCUGCAGACACUAUGGAGGAAAGGAACAGUGAGUAAGAGUGGAAAGUGUCUGAAGUAGAUGUGAAGACUGCAAUCAAAAAAAUUCAGAAACAACAAGGCCUCAGUGCAGGACAGAAUAGUGUGAGAAUUAAUCAAAGUCGGUGGUGAGAGCUUGCGCAUAGAAAUAAAUGAACUGAUCCAAUUGAUAUGGAAGAAUGAGUCAUUGCCAGAAGAAUGAAAAUUGGCCAUAAUAUGCUUGAUAUAGAAGAAAGGAAGCAAAAUGGAAUGUGGUAAUAACAGAGGCAUCAACUUGCUGAAUGUAACCUACAAGGUAAUGUCUAUCAUUAUCUUCAGAAAAUUACAACCAUUCAUGGAGAACAACAGGCAGGAAUACCAUCCUGGCUUUUGACCAAACCAAUAAACACUAGAUCACAUUUUCACACUAAGGCAAUUGUUUGAAUCACAGGGAAUAUGAUAAAAUUAUCUAUAGUUUGUUUGUCAGUUUUCAAUGUGCACAUAACAGCACCCAUGGGAACAGCCUACACAAGGCUCUGUGUGCCUUUGGAAUACCAGAGAAGCUGGUAAGAAUGGUUCAAACUUGUGUGUGGAUGGGUAAGAGGCAGCAGUGCAUUCCUGAGGGAUAACGUUAGAGAUUGACACAGGUCUUGGACAAUGGGGUGCUCUCUCACGUGUUCCAUUCAGUGUUGUCUUAGAGCAAGUAAUAACAGUAUGUAGGUGACAGGAAUGGGCUGGAGUACAGAUGGAUGGUAAUUUCAGUUGUCUCACAUAUGCAGAUGUUAGAGUAUUGCUAAGUGAAUGAAACAUGAGUUGAAAGAAAUGUGCCAAAAAAUGGACAGCCAUGUACAAAAGGUUGGGCCAAAAGUGCAUCAAGACAAAACGGUGUUCCUGUAGUUUGGAAGAAGACCUCUAAUUUAUAGUUUUUUAGAUAAAAAUACAGAAAAUAUUUUAAUAUUUUGAUCAUAUAGCAUAUUGCCUUUAUAGUUCUCUCCAAAAUUAUUCGGAUACCUUCAUUGCAGGAACUAACCGAUACAGUUCCUUCAGGUCCUUUUCUUGUAUGUUUUCUGAAAGCUUAUUUAUAAAUUAUAUGUAGAACUCAAGGGAUUUUUAAAUUUUCUUACACUUAUAGUCUUUUUUGUAUUGUUUUAACAUGUAUUUACUCAAUCUCUCUCAUACAUUUAUGUAAUUACAUAUGUUAACAACUUGACAAAUUGGAGUUACAUGUAGAUAGUAAAUCCAGUGUGCACUGCAGUCUAGUUUGAAGUGUUAGUGGAGUGUUCCUGAACUGAGAAAAUUGAUGGUGGUACAGUGAUAUUUAAUGAAAAAAGCAAAAUCAUUUCACUUUGCUGAAGCUGUUUGUCUUUGGGGUGUGUAGAUAACUGUCAGGGUAAUUGUAAACUUAGACGAAAAUAAAGAAGUUAAGAAAUUUGGUAUCAUAUCCAUAAAAUUGUGAACAAUCCAUCACAGUUCUACUCUCAUGGAAUACAUUUCAGAUGAUAACAAACCAUUUGCUGAAUAUGUUUAUUUUUUAAAAUCAAUCCUUAGUGUCACUGCAAACCGUUAAGUAAUUCUCUGAGGACAUGGGCAGAUAGAAAUUCAGUACAAUAAACUCAUGUUGAAGUUAUGUCUUAAUUUUGGCAGCUACUGUUUACUGGCAUAUAUUAUUUAACCUACAUAAGUUUUAUAUUAUUCUUGAAAUGUUUAUUGAAUUUUUUACCCUUUGUCCUUAACAAAAAAAGAGCUAUAUACCAUUACACCUCACUUCAUUCCUACAUCAUUAUUUUUUAAAUGAUGUAUAUUGUAAAGGCUUUCGUAAGUACAUUUUGGUUUCUUUGUGUUUUACAUUGCCUGUCAUUUCACUGUCAUUAUCAGUUUGUCCCAGAAUGUUGGACUUGAUUGUACCAGAACUUAAGGCAAAUAAAAUAUUGGUUUGAGAGCAGUAACUGAAGUAAAAGAAACUGUUAAUGGAAUUACAAUGGAGCUAAAUUCUAAUCUCAGUUUAGAUUUAGUUUAUCUUGUCUGACAACUACUAUUUUGUCCCAUUUUGCUGAAAGCAUUUGUUGUAAAGCAAGCAGUUGUUGCUUUCAGUCAGUAAUUUGAAGACUGAGAUGGUUUGUACAAUUUGUUGGCAAUUAGUUAUACUGUAGAACAUAAGUAAGUAAGUAAAAUGCCAAACAUUCCACUUACAAACCUACAUGUUGUAAAUUAGUUCACAUUGCACUUAAUUCAUACAUUUUGUAAUUAAAGUUCCUGUGGAAAUCAUGUUUGAUCUUGUACAGUGGACUAAUUUCAAUUGAAAUUAGGCAGCACAAUAUUUAUAUCUACUAAUGAAAGACUGAUGUUUAUAAGCAACAUGAUGUGAACAUUUUGUAAUAUCUGGUAAAUCAAGUUUUGCUCCAAAUGUAAUGUGUAAAUUGUGUGUGUCAUUGUAUCGGAAUUGUGCAACCUAUGUUUUCUAUGUAAUAAUCCCCAUUAUUUAAACAUAAAUGAAUUGCUAUUUGAUACAUAUCUAUAAAAUACUUGUGUUUAAACACUCUUUCUCGACUUUCAGUGUUUCAAGAGAUGGACUACAAAAAUAUAUUUCUAAUUUUACUUGACCAGUUGUAUAUAUUGUAUAUGGUACAAAUUUAAAGUUG